CGGUUUCGUAGUUUUUAUGUUUCCAAAUCGGGUCAAAGUCUUGCCUUUACUCAUGAUUUGAUACGAUCUUGAGCCUUUUUCUUUUAUGCAUCUGUUCUCAUUUUCCUGCCGUUAAUGCCUGUCUUUGGAUGAACAGUCAGGUGGCCGUCAAUUCCUCUGUCAUCUACUUGCAUGCAUGGCCCCAGUGGCAUUUCAAGUCUCUUUUUGAUGUCUACAUUUGUUGAUAUAUCUGAAUCCGUCGUCUUCCUUUAGACCUAUUUGUUUGUCUCGUCGUUAUUCAAUGUCUUUUCCGCGCGUUCAUGGUGUUCUUUUAUCAUGGGAAUCUCUUGUUCUCUAGGUGGGAGGAGGGAAGGAGGUCUGAGAAAAUGCUGAGGAAGAGGAGCAGGCCAGUGCAGAAAGAGCAAAGCAAAGGCCUCCUGAUGCCUGAUUCAGCCUCGGACUCCAUCGUCUCCGCUGAUGGUGUGGUGCAAAAGGCGAGGAGCACCUCCUUCUUCAGUGCCCCUGGCCUCUUUGUGGGCUUGAGCACCAAGGGCUUGCCGGAUUCCGAAUCAGCCAAGAGCCCGACCUCUCCCUUGGACUCCAAGGUCUUUUCCAAUCGGGGCAGCUCCUUUGUAAGCUCCCCCGGAUCACCAGGUCCCGAGGGGCAGCCGAGGAGCUGGCACUGCAACAAGGUGGGCCUUGGCCUGGUCGAUUCUCUAAACGACGAGUCCAAGGUUGGUGGGAAGGUACUGAGGUUCUCUGAGAGCAAGAACAUACUGCUUGGAUCGCAGAUGAGGAUUACCUUCCCAACCCCUAAAUCCCUCCUGGAUGGUGGCAUCAGAGACGAGCCUCUACGAGCAGCUACUCCCAAAUCUCACCAUGAGAACGUUGGGACUUCCGCAAAACCUCGCAUUGGAUCGCCUUCCUCUCGAUCUUGCUGCUCGAAACUGGCCAUAGGAUCCGAGGGAGCUGGUUUAGAGCCCGGGGAAUUUGGAAAAAUUCGAUCUUGGUCAGCCGAUAUCGGUAGAUCAUCACUUCCGCUGACUCGUUUUAUGUACCACAAUCGCAAGUCCGGUUCUGAAAUGUUCCCAUCCGAUUCGAAGGACUCUAGGAUGGAUUCUCCUCCAUUGGUUGGAAACGCCACUAAUUUUGACAGCUUUUCGGGGUCUCUCCCGAUAUCCUUUGGCUCAUCUCGUGGAUUCAUGGCUUCUCUCUCCGCGAGUGAGAUCGAGCUAUCGGAGGAUUAUACCUGCAUUAUUUCACAUGGUCCUAACCCUAAGACAACUCACAUUUUUGGGGAUUGCAUUCUUGAAAGCCACACAAUUCAGUCACCGGAUUCUAAGAAUAAGCUUGGAAGAGAAGGAGGAGGCUCUUCCUGGCUGGUUAAGUGCCCUGAGGAUUCACCACCCUGCCCCUCCAAUGAUUUUUUGAGCAACUGUUUCUCUUGCAAGAAGAAAUUAGAGGGGAAAGACAUCUACAUGUAUAGAGGUGAGAAAGCAUUCUGCAGCUGCAAUUGCCGUGAUCGCGAGAUUUUGAUCGAAGAGGAAAUGGAGAUGCCGGCAGCUGAUUCUUCCGAUUCUCCUGGUUCGUCCUUCCAUGAGGAGAUAUUCCUGGCUGGGAUGGCUGCGGCCUCGUAGGCUGGAGGAUUGAUUGAUGAGUCCCAACCCAUCGAUCCGUGAGUGGUGAGACUCCAAGGUAAACAAUUCGAUCAUCCGUUUGCCGAAUGUUACGUGUGGGCGUCUUUAGUGGCCACGGAUGAUCGCCAUGUACAUUCAUCUGUUUGCAGAUUUUGUUUCAGCCCUCAUGGUGAUACUGGUGCGUUGUGGCUGGAAGUUGCCCUCUUUUUUUUUUUUUUUUGUUCCUCUUUUGAAAGAGAUUUGCAUUAAUGGUUAAACUUUGCAUUCUCUUAUAAUUUUGAUCAGAAAGGUGGUAGCCACUGCAUGGGCUCCCCAUUUUUUUCCCUUCUUUUCCUUCCCUUGCAGCAGUUAAUGUAUAACCUUCAUGAACUUUGUAAGUUAAAUGAGUAUGAGCGUAUCUUAUAUAUU